GCAAUCUGGUACUUCUGUUGGCCAAACUUACCCUCUCUAUAUCCAAUGUCAUUUAUUUCUUACUUUACUUUCCCAUUGUUUUUCUCAUGAUAUCCCGCUCGGGGUCGACGACUCGACACGACCACAAGCGCACGAAAUGGGAAGAACGUCUAGCACUAACACGGGAUCGGUGCCCCAGAUCAUGAAUACGCCUCCUUCGUCAGUCAGCACUGCUCGUUCCAGCCGCGAGCCCAGAGAUACAGGGUUUCCUGAGCCUUUCGGGGACAACUACAACACUACCCUCCCUCAUCCUGAUGCAGACCUCUCGCCCAACGCCACCAUAAGCAGCGACAACCUCACGCCAGCACAGUCUAUGAACAAACGACGCCUCAGCCUGCUCAGCAAGCACCGUCGCACCAUCUCACAAGGCUCGACUCUCUCAUCGCCUCUCGUGCACAGCGUCCUCCCUCUCAUCACCACGGGCAUGCCUGGACAGAGCAGCAGUGACAAGGCAUCAGAGACGGACAACCACAGAGAGAGCAUGGAGCCCAGGCGGGACGGGGACAACAGUCCCUCGUCCCCACAUGCCGAAGAUGACGAGGGCGGCGACAAGCGGAAGAGUUUGUUCGGUCGAUUGAGGAGCAAGUCACGGGUCUAGGAACAGAGACAAAUCCUCCUGAGAUCAACGGCCCCUUUUCUGUUUUUGAAGCAACGGCGUUUGG